CGGACCGACGUCUACCGGUAUCGAGAACUCUGAAUACCUGGGCAGCUCGGCCAAUAUGUGGGUAACAGACAACUUACUGUUUGGAAGCUAUGGAGAAACGAUUCAACAUCGUCGCUGGACGACGGUCGCAUCGCAAGUCGCGGUUGGGUUGUAUCAACUGUAAGAGACGGCACAUCAAGUGUGACGAAACAAAACCGGAAUGCGCAAACUGCUACAAUCACAUGAUUACUUGCGACUACACUGUCACGGCUUCCGCCAGCGUCGAGUCGCCUGCGACUGCCGUGGGUCUACCUCGUACCGGAUCAGACAAUAGCCAACCAGGUCGCAGGAUCAUCUUAUAUCCGUUCCAGAGGUCUACGAUCCCAUACGCGAGAGUACAAACAUGCCCAUCUUGUACUUCGGCCCCGGCGGAAGUCCUCGGUAUUCCAGGCUUCUCCUUCUCCGACCUCCAGCUGCAGCACCACUUCAUCACCUCAACCGCUCUCACUUUCAGCGGGAAGGAUGGCAGAUCAAGAUUCUGGAAAAUUGACGUACCCAAAAUGGGUCAUAACUCGCCGUUCUUACUGCAUCUUAUUCUCGCUCUUUCCGCUUUACACCUUGCUCAUUUACAUCCCGAUCGAUGUAAAUCGUAUACCGCACAAGCCGACCACCGUCACACGUCCGGCUUGCAAUCAGUGAUGCUUUCACUAUCAAACCUCACAGCUGAUAAUUGCGACGCUGUCUGGGUUUCCUCGGUCCUUCUGUGUUUCAUAUCCUUUGCCAGGGGACCUCGUCCAGGAGAUUACCUCUUUUUUGGUGAGGCAGAGCAUGUGUCUUGGCUUACGCUACUACGAGGAGUGCGGUCAGUUAUCGAGUUCAAAGAGGAUCAGUUUCACUCGGGUCUCCUUGCGCCAAUAGUUCAGGGCGAGGCUUUGACACCAAAGGAGCCCGAGGAGAUGAAUUCGCUACCGUAUCGAGAGAAAAUGGAGCUGCUCCGAGAAUUUGUGAUCUCCCGAGCUACCCACGACCCGUCUCUCUCUGUAUAUCUCAGCGCGGUUGACAGUCUAACCGAAUCAUUCACUGCCAUCUGCGAUGGCAUUGCUGGCACGGAUAACAACAAUCGUUUUGCACAUAUUCUUUUCAAGUGGACGUACAGCCUCCCGCCGGAGUUCUCCCAGGCGUUGGAAGAGCGGCAAGUAGCACCUCUAGUAGUUUUAGCACAUUUUCUGGUCUUGAUGAAGCAUGAACUUGGCGAGGUUUGGAUUUUCGCUGGCUGGGCUGAGCAUAUCCUGAGCGAAGUGUAUGAGUGCUUGUGCGAAGAAGACCGCGCUUCUAUAGAGUGGCCAAUUGAGGAGGUAGGAUAGUUAACGACGUGAACGUUGCAUUGCUCGAUAUGAAGGUAGAGUCAUGUUUUAGUAUCUACCUAAACUUUGAACGGUCU